GAGGGCGGGGCGGGGGCGGGUCUUCCGGGGCGAUGGCGGCCUCCUGCUCGCCUCCGACGCCGGUGCAGAUCCGGGAGGCCAACGCGCACCUGGCGGCGCUGCACGGGCGCGUGGCCGAGCUGGAGGCGCGCCUGGCCGCCGCCGAGGAGACCGUGCGGGGCCAGGCCGGCAGCCUCAUCCGGAAGGACGCCGAGACCCGCAGGGCCCUGGAGGAGGUCGGGCGCCAGAAGGGGAGGGAGAUCGCCGCCCUGGAGGAGCAGCUCCGCUCGUCCGAAGAGCGUGUGCAGGAGCUCCUGGGCCUCAUCCGGGAGAAGGACGGCCUGAUCCUGCGCCUCCGCCACCGCAGCCGCCUGCUGGGCGAGAUCUGCCGCUGCCGGCCCGUGCUGGACACCCUCCUGGCCCAGAUGUCCGAAGGGGAGAGGCUGGGGCCCGACAGCGGAGACGACUCCCCGGACGGCCUCUUGCCGGACUCGAACUGCGUCCCGGACGGCGCCAGGGACUUCUCCCUGGGCAGCGACCCCCAGGAUUCGGACAUGGCGCUUUUUGGGACGACGGUCUGAGCGCGGGUGCGAGUCGCUGUUGGGGGUCCGGAGUUGGCGGCAGCUGCCCCUGUUGAAGGCAGACAUUUUGGAAUUCUUUGCCCCCUCCUGGCAUCACCAGUUCGCCCUCAGGACAAUUUGCUUGAGGACUAGCGACUUGACUUCUCUCUUUGACGGCAGCUGAAUGAGCGUUCCUGGAAAGCGGGGGGUUUGGGGAAGCCUGCAGGAUCAGGCCAAACAGGGGACCCAUCUUGCAGCCUGUUCUCACAGGAUGCCGGCCGGUUGGGAAGCCCGGAUCCGAGUGCGAAUGCUGGCGAUUCAGAAGCGUCACUGCCUCUGGCCCCAGAAGCAGAGUCGUUCCUGGCUUAGGAGCCAUAUAGAUAGCCCUCUUCUCCCCUGCCCUGUCCUCUGUUUGAAGCCAUCCAAACCGCGGGGUCUCUCCUGUGGCAGCGAGUUCCGCAGGUUAACCGGGCUGCUUUUGUGUAUUUCUCAGCAGCCGCAACUCACGAGGGGCAGAGCGCAAUACUUCUGGGGUGCUCUGGAUGGAGAUAGGGAGAAUUUCGGUGGGUGGGUGGGGGCUGAUUCUGCACCACCAGCACCAAAUAUUUUAAAGGGAAGGUCUCCUGUGGAAUUUAAUCUGGGACUGACUGUGACUUCCCCUCUCUGCAUUAACUCCUCUAGAGGAACCUUGCCAUUCUGCGGGUCGGAAGGGAGCCCCGGGUGGGGUCAUCUAGUCCAACCCCCUGCGACGCAGAGAUCUUUUGCUCGAACUCGCAACCCUGAGAGUCUCAUGAGCUAUUCCGACCCAGAAAUACAGGAAUCUGACCUCGCUGCGCACCGAUUUUCCUGGACUGGAUGGGGGGCCGUUACAGUCCCUGCGGCAGCUCUUUCCCCCACCCCUCUACCUCAGAUAAGUGCAGGGAGCAAGCCCCAGCUCGGGGGGUCAGAACACCUGCUUGGCAUGCAGAAGGAGCCCAGGGUGCCUGUUUAAAAAGAAGGACUGCAGAAGGCUAGUUUCUUAGGUUCCUCUCGCAGCCUUUAUUGGGAACCAUGAGGUCUGGAAGCUUGGGUUUUAGUUUUAAAAAGAGGGUGUUGGGAGCGCGUGCCCUGCAUGCAGAACGUCCCAGGCUCAGCCCCUUCCAACUCGAUGCCAGGCCAUUUUACAUGUCCCGAUUUGAACCAGCGAGACCAUGAGAUCUGGAAACUUGUUUUUCAAGUUUGUGCCAGGCGUCUGGCAUCAGUGCAGCAUUCUAGAUUCCUAUUCACAUUAAUGGGAGAUAAUGUUCCUUUUUCCCCAACGACGUGUCUUAACAGGAAAGAAGGGCCUCCAAUCGGCCCUUCGCUUCCGAACAAUGAGGACUAGCCUCCUGCUUUGUUUUUUUUAAGGACGUUAAGGGCUCCCGGCCUCCUGCUGCCAGUCCGUGCUGGCUAUACUGACUUGGAUGGUAGUGGCUUCUCUUCCCUUGGCCAUCUGUCAGGGAUUCUUUCACUUCCAUUCCUGCAGUGCCCAGGGGGUUGGGCUAGAUGACCACUGGUUGCGCCUUCCAACUUCCUUCCUUUGAUGCCUCCAUUUCUGUUUUUUGUACCCAUUUCCUUGACUUACUCCUCAACCCAGAGCUUGAGAGACAGACUGUGUUCUUAAGGAAUUAUGAGCGCAGAAUCAGUCUCAUUUCUGCUCCACGACUGUUACCACAUUGACAGGUCAACCUUUAGCCUGGCUUCACCUUCAAGUGCCUAUAAUUGGGGGAUUUUGUUACACAGGAAACCUCUAUUUAAAACCAUUCCUCCUCCACUAGAGCCAAAUAAUAAACCUAUUUUGCUAUACUC